UUCCCAACUCUUUCUCGACCCUCAAUUGAAAUCCAGUCUUCCUUCUCUCCUAUGCAGCCUAUAACCUCACAUGAGAGCUUAAAGUUCCCAUCUUUUCCCCCUUUAGCUGUAUAAAGCCCAGACCUUUUUCGUCUUCGCCGAGUUCGCCAUCUAUGUCGUCGGAAAAUUGCGGGAAGACGAUGAUAACAGCAUCAGAAGAGCUGUUGCCACCAGCUUCUGUCUCCCCUGACCGGAGCUCUGGCGAAGGCCAGAGGUUCUGCAACGUUAGGGGAGUUAGGUGGAGGAUUAAUCUAGGAAUACUUCCUUCUUCGCAAUCAGCUUCAAUCGAAGAUCUGCGCCGUGUCGCCGCGGAUUCUCGAAGGAGUUAUGCAAGCUUGCGGCGCCGGUUAUUAGUAGAUCCACAUACGCUGAAGGAUGGAAAUAGAUCUCCUGAUCUGGCUAUGGAUAAUCCUCUAUCACAAAAUCCAGAGAGCACGUGGGGUCGAUUCUUUCACCAUGCUGAAAUAGAGAAAAUGGUCGACCAGGAUUUAUCGCGAUUGUAUCCCCAAGAUGGUAGCUACUUUCAGACAUCUACAUGCCAAGGCAUGCUGAGAAGAAUCUUGUUAUUGUGGUGCCUCAGGCAUCCCGAGUAUGGCUAUGGCCAAGGAAUGCAUGAACUAUUGGCUCCUCUAAUAUAUGUAUUACAUGCUGAUCUUGAUUACCUUUCGAAAGUUCGAGGGCUUUAUGUGGACUGCUUUAAUGAUGAAUUUGAUGAGUUGUCCUAUCCAGAGAGUGGCCUUCUGUCUCAUAAUACAAUGAAAAAGGCCAAAAGCUGGGAUUUAGGAGGCAAUGGCGACUUUUAUCGGGGAAACGGGCCCAAAAUUACAUGCCUUGAUGAUCUCGAUCCGGAUACGAGGGAUGUUUACUUAUUAAGUGAUGCCUAUGGAGCGGAAGGCGAGUUGGGUGUGGUUAUAUCUGAGAGAUUCAUGGAGCAUGAUGCUUACAGCAUGUUCAAUGCAUUAAUGAGUGGUGCUCAUGGGGUUGUUGCAAUGGCUGACUUUUUUUCUAUCUCUCCUAGUAUUGGAUAUAGCACAGGUAUACCUCCAAUAAUCGAGGCCUCAUCUGCACUGUAUCACUUACUAUCUGUUGUGGAUUCGUCUCUUCAUAGUCACCUUGUCGAUCUCGAGGUUGAACCUCAAUAUUUUGCGCUCCGAUGGUUGCGAGUCCUAUUCGAACGGGAGUUCUCACUUAAUGAUCUGUUAGUCAUUUGGGAUGAAUUGUUUUCUGCUUCAAAUGAUUCAUGUAUGGAGAACGAUGAGUAUCAGUUUAGGGUCCUGUGUUCACCUCGAGGAGCUUUCAUUGCUGCCAUGGCAGUCUCCAUGUUACUGCAUGUUAGGUCAUCCCUGUUGGCCACUGAGAAUGCAACUUCCUGCCUCCAGAGAUUAUUGAACUUCCCAAGGAAUAUAAAUGUGAUGAAACUGAUAGAGAAGGCAAGGUCUUUCCAAGCCCUUGCUUUGGAAGCAAAUAUGUUACCAGGAUCAUCAUCACAGCAUUGUUUCAUGAAAAACAGUUCAUUAGUAGCAAGUAGAGCUGGUUCAAUCUCUCCUAAGACGCCAAUUAGAAUUUUACCUGACAGUUACUGGGAAGAAAAAUGGCGAGUGCUUCAUAGGGAAGAAACACUUCAAAAGAGUGAUUUGAGCAGAGGGAGGAAGAUCAAGGACUUGUUGGGGAAGAAACUAGGGUUAUCUAGGACAGAAUCAGAUCCUUCUCCUGCAAAAAAGUUUAGCGGGAAGAAACAAGCAGGUUCUUCUUUCAGGCGUAGGCUAUUUGAUGAUUUGCCUCAGAAGUUUGAGUCUGAAGGUGAUGCAGGUCACCAUAUUUUACCAGGUCAAGAGUCUCCUCCUUUGAAUGAAGAUGUGAACAACCGUUUAUUUGAAGAACCUGGUGAUCCAAAUAUCAGAAGAACCUCUGAUGAGCCAUGCGAUUUGAAUAUCUCAAGAACUUCAGAGUGCGUAGCUGAAAACACUUGCUUAAGCACAGAAAAUUCCUCAUUGUCUUCCAUGGAAACAGCUCCCACUGAGGGGAAUGAUGGUGAAAUUGAAUCAGAGAAGAGUAGUCUCUCUUCGGAUUCCUCAUUCGGAGAAAAUGAAGAUGAAAAUAAUCUUGCAGAGGAGGAAUGCAAUAGUUAUUCAGAGAAUUUAGUACCUAAUGUCGUAGAAGCCAAUGCUUCCAUUGCCAAAUCUGAACAAAGUGAGAAUGCUGAAGCAGUAGGAGUACCAGAUUUGAAGGAGAGAAAAUCACUUUCUGGCAAGUUUCAGUGGUUUUGGAAGUUUGGAAAAGGAAAUUCAUCCGAAGGAAGCUCUGAAAGAGGAGCAAAUGCAAAGACACAGAGAUCAUCUAGCUUUGGAAGUGGAAAUGUUUGCCAUGAAACAUCAGGAACUUCAGUUUCUGACCGCAGCUACUGUAGUGAUAGCGUAAAGAUAGAAGCUGGAGACAAGAAAGUAAUGGGUUCCCUUAGGAAUCUUGGACAAUCCAUGCUCGAGAAUAUUCAGGCCAUUGAAUCGGUUUUCCAACAAGAAAGAGGCCAAGCAGGCAACGUUCUUGGUGGCAAAGGACAAGCUACAGCCUUUGCAGCUCUUAAAGAACUUCGAAAGGUCAGCAAUCUUUUGUCAGAAAUGUAAGUCUCAGUCUUCCUACUUUUAUGAUUGUAUCAAUUUUUCUCUUAUUUAGUAUUCAAGUAAAAGCUUCUUGGCUUCUUUUUUCCUUAGAAAGAUAUAAUUGUGGUGUAAAUAUCAAUUGCAAUUUAUGAGAGAGGAAGGCUGCUGUAAAUCCAUUUUUGGAUUAUCUUGUAUCUUGGAAACAAGCAGGAAGCAAGUUACUGCGUACUAGAUAUCUGUCUGUGGCUCUGAAAUAAGAGGCUCCAUUGAAUUCUCAUC